UGAGAGGGAAGGCGUCUCGUCGGGUGGCCGGACUCGCGAAGGUGGAACCGCGUUGGCGUCCGCCGGGGGACCAGCGCCUCGGAUGCGGGCGGAGCGCGGGGGGCCGCGUCCGCAGGAGCGGGAAGCGGGGGUCCCGGGGGGCCUCAUGUGAGAGCCGCAGGACCCGCCGCCGCCGUCCCCGGAGCCCGGGGUGGUGUGUGGGGGAAGCCGCCCCCGGCAGCAGGAUGAAACGAGGAAGAGAUAGCAAUCUUAAUUCAUCAGAGGAAGGUUCUGUAGAGAAUUCCAAGAAACUGAGGACUACAAGUGAGCAUUCUCAGAACUGUGAUUGGGGCAAUCUCCUGCAGGACAUUAUCCUCCAUGUGUUUAAGUAUUUGCCUCUUCUUGAUCGGGCUCAUGCUUCGCAAGUUUGCCGCAACUGGAACCAAGUAUUUCACAUGCCUGACUUGUGGAGAUGUUUUGAAUUUGAACUGAAUCAGCCAGCCACAUCUUAUUUGAAAGCCACCCAUCCAGAGCUGAUCAAGCAGAUUAUUAAAAGACACUCGAACCAUCUACAGUAUGUCAGCUUCAAGGUGGACAGCAGCAAAGAGUCAGCUGAAGCGGCUUGUGAUAUAUUAUCACAACUUGUGAAUUGUUCUUUAAAAACACUUGGGCUUAUUUCAACUGCUCGGCCAAGCUUUAUGGAUUUACCAAAGUCUCACUUUAUCUCUGCACUGACGGUUGUGUUUGUAAAUUCCAAAUCCCUGUCCUCGCUUAAGAUAGAUGAUACCCCUGUGGAUGAUCCCUCCCUCAAGGUGUUGGUCGCCAACAACAGUGAUACACUCAAGCUGCUGAAGAUGAGCAGCUGUCCACAUGUCUCUCCAGCAGGUAUCCUCUGCGUGGCUGAUCAGUGUCAUGGCUUACGAGAACUGGCCCUGAACUACCACUUACUAAGUGAUGAGUUGCUACUUGCUUUGUCUUCUGAAAAACAUGUUCGGUUAGAACAUUUGCGCAUUGAUGUAGUCAGUGAGAAUCCUGGGCAGACACACUUCCAUACCAUUCAGAAGAGCAGCUGGGAUGCUUUCAUCAAACAUUCACCCAAAGUGAACUUAGUGAUGUAUUUUUUUUUAUAUGAAGAGGAAUUUGACCCAUUCUUUCGUUAUGAAAUACCUGCCACCCAUCUUUACUUUGGGAGAUCAGUCAGCAAGGAUGUGCUUGGCCGUGUGGGAAUGACCUGCCCUAGGCUAGUUGAAUUAGUAGUGUGUGCUAAUGGAUUACGACCACUUGAUGAAGAAUUGAUUCGCAUCGCAGAACGUUGCAAAAACUUGUCAGCCAUUGGACUGGGGGAAUGUGAAGUCUCAUGUAGUGCCUUUGUUGAAUUUGUGAAGAUGUGUGGUGGCCGCCUGUCUCAGUUAUCCAUUAUGGAAGAAGUGUUGGUUCCUGAUCAAAAGUAUAAUUUGGAGCAGAUUCAUUGGGAAGUGUCUAAACAUCUUGGUAGGGUGUGGUUUCCAGACAUGAUGCCCACUUGGUAAAGACCGCAUGAUAUAGGGCAUGACAAAUAGCACCUUAACUUCAAGCCAAUGUAUUGUAAGUUUAUUUGUUGUAGUUCUGACAUAAUUCUAUUUUGUGGCAAAGAAAUUUGACAACUUCAGUUGAGUAUAUAAGGAUUGUUUCAGAAAACUCCAUUUGUUUCUUUAGCAUAACAGCAAUCAAAUUUCCAAAAAGCAGUUUCAGAUGUAGAAGUAAUAACCAGUAAUAAAGAUUAAACAGUUUACAGGCUGAAGGAUACAAAACCUAUAUAUUUUAAUAUCCAAAAAAUGAGCACUAAUAGGUUUCUUGAAAUGUUACGUUCUCUAUGCAUUUUUUAAAAAUGUAAACUUGACAUUUUAGGGUCUUCAGUUAUACAUACACCUGUUAUAAGGUGUUUAAUAUAGCUCAGGAAAGUGAGCAUUUUGUGAGAAAAAUGGAUAUGUCAUAUCUAAUGAAACAGAUUGAAUGUUCUCAAAUGUUACAAAGCAGUUUAAAGAAAAAGAAGUAAUCGGAACCCUUAGAAAACAUGUCACACAGUGGUUAAUAGACAGAGCCAAGGUCAAAUUAAAAGAAAAAUAGGUGGAAUGUAAGGGAGACAGUGUUUAGGUUUGUAUAAACUUCUAGGUUUGCUCUGUAAUCUGCUAAACCAUUUAAGUUCUCUUCUGUGAUGUCACUUUGUAUGUGGCAGUUGAGGUAUUGUAUGUAAAAAGUAAGGAAUGCUUUACCAUUUCUUUUUGGUUUUCUUUAUCUUUUGUUUAAACUAGUUCUGAAGUAUUAUACAGUAAUCAAAAUGAAAAGCUUAUCUACUUUUAAAAGCCAAAUUGAAAAUAAUUAAGGCUGGAACUUUAAAAGGUUUAGAAGUUGUUUCCAAGAAAGAAUACUAGUUCCCAGUGAAUUUUAGUGAUGGGUCUUUUUUUCCAUUUUGGAAUUAUAUAGUUUUAAGUAGAAUUUUAAAAACCAUAAAAGGAGUGCCACUGUACAGUUUAGUAUAAACAGUA